AUGCCCCGGUCAUCAAGCGCCGCCGCCGUCAACAACAUGCCCAAAGUUCGCUCUCCGACCGCUCCUAGGAUAGCUCGAGCCCAGAUCUCAAGCCCAAUUCCUAUUACAGAAGCGCUGGAUAAGGAGCUGUCCAUUCGACAACAGGAAACUGGAUUCCCCGGACAUAUGCCGCAGCACGCCAACACCACGAAAGCCUCGAUGGAGAUCUCUCGGCCGUCAGGGGAGUUUGCCCGCCGUCGCAUUUCUUUAACGCCCAUGCGAUCCAAAUCAGUUCUGCGAACUGCAUUCAGCAAGAUAUUUGGACGAAAGAAGGCUGCUCGGCCUAUGACUGGACUGGCCUCUGUUGGCUCGGAGGAGGAUUUGUCGGAUCAGCAUUACAAUGCUCAUUCGAGCAGCCCUGCUCCUGUCCAGAGCCCGCCUCCCAAUGUGUCCGAAUCCCUGCCUAUUUCUGAAUAUGACCGAGCGUUGCGAUCUCAUUCUGUUGGUCCCGAAGAUGUAAUGGCCAUCCAGAGUGCGCGCAGCUCCGUCAACGCAGAUUACAGCGGCCACCAGAGGAGGCGAGCGGGAACUGGCAGUGAUGCCCAUCCGGCCAGUUCACGCUGGGUGAAGCCGACGACGGGAUUGACUCCACGCCCUGCUAGCACCCAGGAUUGGGGCAGCAGGCUGGUUGACGAGAGCCAUGACCCGGAGGAAAUUGGCCGCGCCCUCACCACAGGCCUGAAGCGUCGGUCCAGGAGCUUGUCUUUUAUCCCUUUGAUCGAAACUACUCCAACCCCAAGCAUCACACGCCGCCGCAGCGACGAGUUUCCUCGCGGAUGGCGGGAAAGCUACGAGGAUCCCACGUCCCCUAUAUCCUCGACGGGACCAGGUGGCGAGGAUGGUGCCACCUUUAUCAGCGACAGAUCAGACGAGGAGGCCAAGUCUGAUGACGGACUGCAGGAUGAAAUCGAUUCCCCCGCAAAACCGUUCGAAUUUAGCAACAUGCCUUACAUGACGGAGUUUGCCGGCGGAGCGAGCAUGAAGAUCACGGACGCUGUUGGCCUCGAGACCCGGAUUAACCAGGUCGAGAACCGUCUCAGCCUGGUAGAAGGCAUUCUGACGCAUGCUCGCCAAGGAACUCCCCUUACUGGCUUGGGAGACGAUGGCUCCGAACGACUGGCACCUCCCAUGCCUGCAUGGUCGUCCACCUUUCCAACAGCAGGUCGGCCCUCUUCUCAUUCCUCCGCUCAGUUUUCUGGCACAUCCAGGCUGUCUUUUGGCGAGGUACCCAUCUAUGCGCGAUCAGCAAGCCAGCAAACCACGAAGCACUCGGCCUUUGCUUCCCCGGAGCGAACGGCCCUUGCGUCUAGUCUCCCUACCCAUGCGAAAUCGGUGCCUUCCGGAUCAUUUAUCAUGGAUCAUGAGACCUACAAUACAAUCUUGACAACAAUGGAGAGCGAUCGAGCUGCUCGAAUAGCAUUGGAAGCGCAGGUGAGGGAGCUCAGCCGACAAGUUAGCCGUCUCUCCAGGAACUUGCCCGCCGCCUCAACGCAAGCUGAAGCUGGGCAAACAUCGGUUCUCGACUUUGCGGAUGCCAAGAAUCUCGGCAUGAGCGAUAAGAGGAUUCGUAACGAAGAUUCUGGCAUUGGCACUGAACCCGGCGACAGAGAGUACCCAGAAUCGUUUGCUACGUUAAACGAUGAGAGCCACAACACGGCCCACUACAGAGAGGAAGCAGAUGCAUCUUUGAGCCGGCCCAAUACGACAAUGUCGCUCUCCAAGCUGACCAUGCUUGGUGACAUGGGAUGUCCGGCGUCCCAGCAAGCCUUACCGCAGACAGUCUAG